CCGCAGUUUGUUGCAAAGAGUUGGUGUGUGAUGGCUCUCAUUGAUGGCUGUUGAGCGAGCGCUCGCUGUUAUUGGUGCAUUCUUCUAGAUCGUCCAAUUAGAUCUUGAGAUCCAGAAGAAUAAACCAAUAGCAGCGAGCGUUCAAUCGUUGAAUCUGCUAAACGCGCCUCCGAAACAGAGGUCUCUAUCAUGACUCUUGGCGUUUGGCGGUGUCGAGCCUUAAGUAAGAUGAGAGUUUGCUCUUCUAGUAGUUCUAGUCUCUCCGCGCUCCGCAACCGGCUGACCGAUAAUGGUCGAUCUCCGCCGAGCGGGGCCGAGUCGUGCAUUCACAGUAGACUGCAGUACAUUGAAGUAUUGGAGACAUUGGAGUACGCUAUGGCGGCUGUGACAAGAUAUUUGCCGUCUGCGUGCGAGUCGCGAGAGUGAGUGAUCUUGUUGUGUACGGGGCUCGUGAGCGCGAGUCGCGAGUCACGAGUAGCGAGUCGCGAGUAGCGAUCCGCGAUCCGCAAUUCGGUAUUCGGCAAUUCGACAAUUCGGCUGGGGUGCGCGCGCGCGCGCUCACGCACAUAUCCGCUGAUCCGAGUGGCUGAUCCGUGAAUCUCUCGUGAGUCGGACUAGGGUGACCUGGGGCGACCUGGGACAACCGGAGGCGCCGCGCGAGGCAAACGAUACUGACCUGUACCGUGCGCACCGUGACUACUGAUGACUGACGACUGACGAGAGUGACGAAUGACCGAGUGACAAGGACGACAAGGACGACGACGACGACGACAAGACAAGCCGUCGAAGCGGCCCCGAUGCGGGUCGCGCGCGCUCCUCUCAGGGCAAAUGAUGACUUCGAUGCUGCCCAGCUUUAACCCGCCUAUCGUCAAGCGGCUGCUGGGCUGGAAGAAGGCCGAGAGCGAGGACAAAUGGAGCGAGAAGGCCGUUAAAAGCCUGGUGAAGAAGCUCAAGAAGUCCGCGGGCCUCGACGAGCUCGAGAAGGCCAUCACGACGCAGAGCUGCAACACCAAGUGCAUCACUAUACCAAGGCCUAGCCCGGGCGGUGUCGGCGAUAACGGCGUUCAAGGUGUUCGCGGCAAAGGUCUGCCGCACGUGAUUUAUUGCCGACUCUGGCGUUGGCCAGAUUUACAGUCGCACCACGAGCUCAGGGCGAUCGAGCACUGCGAGUACGCCUUCACCCAGAAGCGCGACGAGGUCUGCGUGAAUCCUUACCAUUAUCAACGAAUACAAACGCCAGGUACGCGAGGGCAAACAGUUUUGCCAGCCAUUCUCGUACCACGGCACAACCUAGCUAGCGACGAGAACACCGUCCUCUACAACACCUCCCUCGAGGAGCUCAGCGUCAGCGUGCCGGAAAAUACGAGCUUCCACGCGACGUUGAAUCACCAGCACAAUCAGCAGCAGGGCAUACCGCACUCCCCGCAGCAACAACAACAGCAACAACCAAAUAAUCCGUACCAAGGAAUGCAGAGCAUGCAGGCAACGAGUCCGGCAAGCGUCGGGAGCUUGGGAAGCGUACAGGGCUCGCCUCAUCCCGCUCCAGGAUCCAUGGAUCCACCGGCAGAUACGCCGCCACCGGGCUACAUCAGCGAGGAUGGCGACAAUAUGGACCACAACGAUAACAUGUCCCUGUCACGCUUGUCACCCAGUCCUGUAGACGCGCAGCCGGUUAUGUAUUGCGAGCCCGCGUUUUGGUGUUCAAUUAGUUAUUACGAGCUAAAUACGAGAGUGGGUGAGACGUUUCACGCAUCGCAGCCGAGUAUAACCGUGGAUGGUUUCACCGAUCCAAGCAAUUCGGAGCGCUUCUGCCUCGGAUUGCUGUCCAAUGUGAAUCGCAACACGGUGGUCGAGCAGACCAGGCGACACAUUGGCAAAGGUGUCAGAUUGUACUACAUCGGUGGUGAAGUGUUCGCCGAAUGUCUAUCUGAUUCGAGUAUCUUCGUACAAAGUCCGAAUUGCAAUCAGCGUUAUGGCUGGCACCCGGCUACCGUUUGCAAAAUACCGCCAGGAUGCAAUCUGAAGAUCUUCAACAACCAGGAAUUUGCGGCGUUGCUGUCGCAGUCGGUGUCGCAGGGUUUCGAAGCAGUGUACCAGCUGACGCGUAUGUGCACGAUCCGAAUGAGCUUCGUGAAAGGCUGGGGCGCGGAAUAUCGCCGGCAGACAGUCACCUCAACUCCCUGCUGGAUUGAGCUGCAUUUAAACGGACCGUUGCAGUGGCUCGACAGAGUACUCACGCAAAUGGGCUCACCCCGCCUACCCUGUUCCUCGAUGUCCUAAGUUUUUGCAACUUCUAUUCGUUCAUGAGAGAAGAACACGUGAGAAUACCCUUCGUGUGCUAUCGUCGUCGAUUGAUCGAUCCAUUCGUUUCUUCUAUUCAUUUCAUCGCAUACGAUAUGUGAAAUUUGAAUCCGUUGUCCAGAUUUACCUCAAACGAACGCUGCUCAGUGACGCGUGUAAGAAGAAGAAAAAGAAGAAUGUAUGAUCUUUACGCUUGAAGAUGCAAUUGAAAGAAUUAAGGCUCAGACACAACGAUACCAAGUUUUCUUCGCGCCGAUACUUGGCGGCUUUCUCGAAUUGUCGCGCGAUCAACCACGAAGCAACCACGAUGUGUGAAAUACGCAGACAAAAGGAUGAGAAAUUGAAACGGCGGCGUUCGCACAAGUUGAAUAUCAUAGUAGAUAAUUAAAACUUGAUGUCCUACUACGGUUUGUUGUGAUUGAAGAGAGAAAACACGGUGAUGCGCAAGGACGCGAAUAAGAUACAUGGAGCUUUGCUUCGACUUAUAUCGCGCGCAUGUGCAUCACAAUUGGCGUACAAGAUAUAUCCAGGGUGAUCAUAAUCCGAGUUUAGUCGAUUCGUAAUAAGGAAUAAAAAGAAAAUGAGAGAGAGAGAGAGAGAGUGAGUGAGUGAGUGA